AUGCCUAACAUUCGAGGGGCUGCAGGAUCUACGACCAACAUGCCCGGCUUGAUCAUCGGUUGCGUGUUGGUGGCGUUAGUCGUCCUAGGUUUCCUUCAGCAGCACAUGCAUAAGCGCCAGCGGCGAACAAGAUACCAUCCUUCCCUCCAACCCCAACAGUCAACCACCGGGGUGCUUGAACAGCUUGGAAAGCGCAAAGAGGACCUCCGACGAUAUAUCGACAAGCUCAAAGAGCAGCUUGCCGUUCGAGAAGAUCAACUUCGUUAUCAUGACGAACUCGAAGAGAUCGUGACGUCCCGAGUGGAAAUUAGUCGUCGUGACGAAGAGGAAUGGGCUAGACUCAUGAAGGCAGGCAAGAAGGUUCACGGAGACAAGUGGCAUACCUCCAACGCGGAGGAACCUUCACUCAGGGAGCUGAUGGAGUUGCACAAGGAAGAGCUGCUUGAGUACAAACGCUCCCUCCAAAACCAGCCUGAAUCGAGUCGUCGACCGUCAAGUUCUCGAGAGCGGAAACCUGCACGAAGUUCGUCUAAAACUAGCCUUCCGCUGCUAAAGCUGCAACCAGUUGCUCCGCUCCCCGGUGCAAAGUUAAAACCUAAUGAGCCAGAGUUGAUACCAUCUCAGUGGCAAUCCACUCGAGGCAAGGCGGGUGCACAGCUUUCGGCGGCGGUUCCUGCCCAGUUUGAUACUACUAGUAGUAUCCAGGAAGAUGAAUCGAAUGCAUCGUCACCACAGAAUGUUGUCCCACCUCUUGAUUUCAGCAGGCUUACAGGUAAACCCACCAUCGGUGUAGCUCCUGUAGUUGCACCGGACGAGCCAGCACAACAGCAAAAAAAGAAGAGCUUUGAGGCCACAUUUCAACGGCAGACACGGCUUGCAGCUAUGCUCCGAAAGAAGAAAUAG